GCCAGCCGGCUGCCGUCCUCACUGUGUGCUGGGGUGCUGAGAGAGCACAAGGGCCUGAGUGUGUGUCUCACGCGGCUGGCAGGGGGGCGCGGAGCAGCCGCAGAGACCAGGCUGGGCAGGAUCCCGCCCUGAGCUUGUGGGCAGAGUAAAGUUAACACGGGCGCUGACAGCAUCAACACACGCUCGUAUGAGUGCUCUGGUUUGAGCCCGGGUGCCUGGCUGGCUGGCUGGGCACUGUAGGAUGGACUUAAAUGGGGAAAAUGUGACUAAUUGUCAAUUCUUCUUCAAGUGAUUGUUCACAUCCAUUCCAAUUAGGUGGGCGCGCGCUGCGUGCACGGGAUGUCGGAAACUUUUCCCUUAGCAGCUUCCGUCGGGAUGGCAGGGGAGCCCCCUGGAGUGGCGCCCUUAUGGCGGUGUAUAUAUUACCCUGCCGGCCCGACUCCCCUCGGUUCUUCUUACCAUCCGUGACGGCGCUGGAACGUUCUCUCUCUCGCUUGCGAGUGAUCCCUUAGCCUUCAAGUCUUCUAGUUAGUUGUUCUUAGAUAGUUAUCGGUUAGCUAAAUACCAUUGUAUUCAGGUGUCCGGAAGCUAGUUCCAGCACCAGCCUUGGGCUACCGGGGCAUGCCGCAAACCAAGGGUUUCAAAGCUUGCGGGAAGUUUGUGCCUAACAGCGACCCCCACGACUCCUGUCUCCGGAGUCUGGGAGAGUCCCAUCAGGCCGAGCAUUGUAAAAUCUGCAAGGCCUUCAAGCCGUGCACUAAGAAAGAAAGAGACUUUCGCCUUAAGCAGUUGCUCAUGGAGGCCGUGUUACAACCACCGGCCCCUGACCGACCGGCCCCGGCCCCUGCUUCUUCGGUGCAAAGUGCCCCGGCAUCCGUGCGCGACCCGGCACCGCCCAGGCACUGUAAAUCGCCGGCACCAAGACGGGACGACUAACCUCUCUGGCACCGACUAAGCAUCACAAGAAAGGGGAAAGAGGGCGCUCCCCCCAGAGAGCUACUAAGCCGCUCAAAGAAGCUCCCGGCACGCAAAGACAGAUUGCGGGCCCAAGCCAAGAACUGGCACCAUCGACUCCGGCGCCACAGUACCCAGCGGAUUCAGUGCUGACGAAUGUCUGGAGGAGGGUCCUCGAACACCCCUCCACGCCCGACACUUUCGAGCCAGCGAAAGACCUCAUUGAGUUGUCAGCGCCAAACCCCCUCCCAUGCAGGGAGAAGCCUCUAGCACCACCCAAAAGGGUGCUGUCCAGAGGGAAGCCGGCAAUGGUGUCGCUUGAGGUCACUGUCUCAACACCGCUCCCGUUCGAGCUUGGCGUCCUGCUAUUCCCCGGCACCCACGACCCAGCGUGAGGUUAUGGCACCGGAGGCGAACCUGCCAGCAGCGCCCACGGUGACUGCACCCCAGUCCAUGACGCCAUCGGUCGCCCGGCACUGAUGUACGGCACCGACAACCUCACCGGCACAGAGUACAAGACACCGGUUCCCGUCCCCAGACUCCCGGUACUGUUCGUGGUCCUGGCCAGCCAGGCACCGCUCCCCAGCACCCUGCGGCCACUCAACGUUCGGCACUGCCCUGGUCCUCUCUGUCGGCAUCCUCCGGCUCUGAGGCCAUCUCCGGUCACUCACGCAGGAGCCGUAUCGCAGGCGGGGCAGAAAUAACUGGCAUAGACAGAACAAUGUGCCUAACCAAGGCCAGAAUAAACCCCAGCCUGGAAACAAGCAAGGGUUUUGAAGGCACGACCAUGGACAGUGUACCAACCCAGUUCACGGAUCCAUCCCCACGGUUUUUAAAUCGGCUAUCCCACUUAUACCAUGCAUGGUCCCAUAGAACAUUGGACCGCUGGGUCCUACUCAUGGUACAGGUGGGAUACUCUCUCCAGUUCUCCUUCCUUCCUUCCCUCCCUCUCUCCCUCCCUCCCACCUACCUUCCUGUCCCUCUUCAGGGACCCCUCUCACGAGCAACUCUUCAUGCAGGAGGUUCGUUCGCUCCUCAAGAUAGGUGCAGUGGAGGAGGUUCCACAGGAGCUAAGGGGAAAGGGGUUUUACUCCUGUUACUUUCUAAUCCCCAAGGCAAAGUGGGGUCUUCGACCCAUUUUAGACUUUCGUGGAAUCAACACAUUUAUGGUCAAACUCCGGUUCCGCGUGGUCUCCCUAAGCACUAUCAUUCCAUCUUUGAAUCCGGGGGAUUGGUACGCUGCCCUCGACAUGAAAGAUGCGUACUUCCAUAUUGCCAUUCAUCCGGCGCACCGACGCUUCCUCUGGUUUGUCGUAAACCAAUAUCACUCCCAGAUCACGGUUCUCCCAAUCGGCCUGUCCACAGCCCCCCGAGUGUUCACAAAAUUCAUGGCAGUGGUGGCAGCCUUUCUGCGGAAAAGGCAAGUCCGAGUGUACCCCUACCUCGAUGACUGGCUACUCACACGUCGUUCCACGGACGAGGUCCAGUCCCACGUGACGAUGGUCAUGGACACGUUUCACAGACUGGGGUGCUCCUCAAUGUACCCAAAUCUGCUCUCUCAUCUACCCAAAGGAUCGAGUUCAUAGGGGCAGUCCUGGACUUGGUACUGGCUAAAGCGAGCCUUCCAGAGCCCAGGUUCCAAGCCAUAGAGCAGAUUGUCAAAUCAUUGCUUCAGUAUCCCACCAUGACAGUCAGGUGUUGCCUGCAGCUAAUAGGGCAUAUGGCAGCAUGCAGUACAUGGUCAAGCAUGCCCGACUGAGACUCAGACCCAUGCAAGCGUGGCUCGCACUGUCUUACCGUCUGUACAGAGACCCCCUUGGAUCUUGUGGUGAUGGUCCCUGGACAGGAUCUAGAAUCCAUGUGCUGGUGGCUGAACCGACCAGUGGUCUGGGCAGGGGUCCCCUUCGCCAAGCCCCAACCUUCUCUGACGUUAGUAACAGACGCAUCAGAUCUGGGCUGGGGCUCACACUUAGGGGAUCUGAGGACACAAGGCUUGUGGUUGAGGGACGAGAGACCUCUCCAUAUCAACCUGAAGGAGCUCAGAGCAGUUCGUCUGGCCUACCAAACCUUUCACGCCACUUUGCAAGGUCACAGUGUGACAGUCCUGACAGACGACAACACCGCCAUGUGCUAUGUAACCAAACAAGGCGGAGCCCGCUCCUCACCUCUCUGCCGCGAGGCUCUUCUUCUCUGGGACUUCUGUAUAGCCCGAUCCAUUCAGCUCGAAGCAUCCUACCUUCCAGGAGUACGGAACGAGCUGGCGGAUCGCCUCAGCAGGUCAUACCACAUGCACGAGUGGUCAAUCAGAUCGGCCAUCAUACAGUCGGUCUUCCAAAAGUGGGGUUAUCCCCACGUAGACCUCUUCGCCACCAAGAGCAACAGACAGUGCCCUCAGUUCUGCUCAUUCCAAAACCACAGUCUGGGCGCCAUUGCCGAUGCAUUCUUAAUACCAUGGGGCGAGGGUCUGAAGUAUGCCUUCCCUCCUAUCCCGCUUGUCCACCGGGUCCUCCUCAGAAUUCGCAGAGAGAAGGCGACGGUAAUCAUGAUCGCCCCAUCUUGCCCCCGACAGCACUGGUACUUAACCCUCCUAGAGCUGUCCGUAGACGCCCCGAUUGCCCUGACCCUCUACCCGGAUCUGAUUACGCAGGACCACGGGAGCCUCCUUCCCCCGAACCUGCAAUCUCUACAUCUCAUGGCGUGGAAACGCCAUGGCUAAAUCCCAUGGAGAGCUAGUGUUCUGUCGGUGAGACAAAUUCUCCUCGGCAUUAGGAAACUUUCCACUAGGACUACCUACCUGGCAAAAUGGAAAAGGUUUUCCUGUUGGUGUGAACCCAAGCGCCUUCAACCGCUCCAGGUUCCUAUCCCAGUUAUUUUAGACUACCUCCUACACCUUAAGCAUCAGGGGCUAUCCCUUUCCUCCAUCAGAGUACACCUGGUGGCCAUUUCAGCUUUCCAUCCAGGGGAGUCUGGGUCCUUGGUGUUUUCUAAUCCCAUCAUGGGGCAAUUCCUCAAAGGGCUGGAGAGGGUGUUCCUGUAUUCUCAUCCGCCAGUCCCAACCUGGAACCUGAACCUGGUCCUCUCCAAACUCAUGAGCCCACCAUUUGAGCCCCUGGCCAUCUGUUCCCUCCUCUACCUUUCUUGGAAGGUGGCGUUCCUGGUAGCCAUUACAUCGGCAAGGAGGGUGUCCGAGCUGAGAGCCCUCACCUCCGAACCACCUUACAUGGUGUUUCGUAAGGACAAGGUGCAGCUUAAACCACACCCUAAAUUUCUCCCCAAGGUGGCCUCCCAAUUCCACAUGGGUCAGGACAUUUGUUUACCAGUGUUCUUUCCAAAACCCCACACGAGUCUGAGACACCACAGCCUACACACGCUGGAUGUCCAGAGAGCCUUGGCAUUCUACAUAGAGUGCGUGAAACCUUUCCACAAGUCGCCCCAAUUGUUCGUCACCAUAGCUAACAGAAUGAAGGGCCUUCCUGUUUCUGCGCAACAUAUAUCGUCCUGGAUCACAGACUGCAUUCGCACGUGCUAUGAGCGAAGGUCCCAGCCCCAGCGAUUACGGCCCAUUCAACCCAGAGCACAGGCAUCUUCGACAGCCUUUCUGACUCAGGUCCCUAUCCAGGAGAUCUGUAAAGCAGCCACCUAGUCUUCAGUGCACAUGUUUACAGCCCACUAUGCUGUUAACCAACAGGCCAGAGAUGAUGCACCGGUCGGCAGAGCUGUUCUUCAAUCAGUCCUUCCAUGACUCCUACCCUCCUGCAAUGGUCAGCUUGGAAGUCACCUCAUUGGAAUGGACGUGAACAAUCACUCGAAGAAGAAAAGAUGGUUACUUGCCUCUUGUAACUGUUGUUCUUCGAGAUGUGGUGUUCGCGUCCAUUACAAUACCCACCCACCCCUUCCCCUCUGUCGGAGUCAACAGCAAGAAGGAACCAAAGGGGGGGUCAGGCCGGCAGGGUAAUCUAUACACUGCCAUGAGGGUGCCACUCCAGGGGGCUCCCCUGCCGUCCCGACGGGAGCUGCUAAGGGAAAAGUUUCCGACGUCCGUGCACACGGCGCGCGCACACCUAAUUGGAAUGGACGUGAACAACAGUUACGAGAGGUAAGUAGCCGUCUUUUUCUCCUACCCUCAGAAAUGGGCCCAGACCAAAAAAAGCUCUUGAUAGAACUGUCCGGAGAGGGGCCAUCUACACCUCUCCCCCCGGUGGGCUCCCCUCACUGACAGCUGGGCCCUGAUCUUGCCAACGCUUUCCCACAUGAGCGAUGCCAGUGGAGCCAGCGGACUCCUCACGCGGGUGUUUGCAGGAUCGGAACCCGAGGGUUUCCCAGACUCGGUCCAUCCGUCAGUCACCAAGCAGCUUAGUGCUGAGUUCACUCAGCUGGUACCAGCCCCAGCUCCCGGGCUCCUUCAAUCUGCAAUAAAUCAUCAUUCGUAUUUUAAAUUUCCUUCCGUGUGGAAAUUCCUGCUGGAGGCGUGGGGGGCUCCUGGGAGGGAACGUGGCGUGGGGGAGGCUCCGAUGUGCUUGGCAUUGGCCAGCGUCCUAACAAAGUCCAAGUCCUUAGGGCAGCUACUCUGCCAGGGGCGGGACGGAGGCUGAGACACGCUGGCCGAGGGAUGGGGGUUUCCUUCACUGUCGCUGUUUCUCUGUGGCCUUGGACCAGCCCCUUGCUCUCUCUGUCCCCACUUUCCCUGGGUGCCAGGUGGCUGCUGUAGUAUUGUCCUGCCCGCAGCGGGGAGCGGAGGCUGUGCUGUGCCGAUAGCUCCCGGAGAGGCGGCUGUAUCGCAGCACCGGUUGUUAUGGGCGUUUAGUUAACAUUUCUCUGACAAAUCCCGCCCUGGCCACUGUCAGACUGUUUGGAAACCAAACCCCCCUGGUAGCCCAAGAGGCCCUGGUAACAAGCCAAUCGUCGCUGUUCCCCUCCUCACUCUCACACCUAUGCUGUGCCCAGCGAGGUCUGCACAGCUGUGUCUCUGGGAGCUCGGCUGUGUCAGUCCCUGAUUGCCGCCAGCCAGGCUCUCCCUCCUCGUGCCAUACGGUAGUCAGGAGAGUGGAAUGUGCACCCUCUCUCUGCUGGUCUCCCUGCCACUCUGGGCAUGGCUAUCCUGCUGCCCAGUCUCCCUGCUCCUCCUGAAACCCGCGAUGGCCCAGCGGGAUAGCUGGGAUGGUACUAGAGUUGCCAGGAUGGGGGGGAGGAGGAGGGGGAGCCCAAGGUCAGCUCCUAAACCCUGGCUUAGGGCUUUGGCCAGUGUGCUGCUGCCAGCCAUCCGGGCGUGUGUGGCGCUUGUCCACGGUGCCCUGCCGAGCUCUCACCCGUG